AUGGGAAGAAUACUGCGGCGGAGUACCCAAGGCCGAGAAGAAGAACGAUUGCGAUUUGAAGGACGUUUGGUUGCGCUUGAAAGAAGACUUUUCGGAUCUUGUUUCGGACGUGCUCAAGAGCGCAGCCGCUGGCAUUUCGAGGUCUGGCUUUUUGUGGGGAAAUCUGGGAGGAGGGAUGUUCGCGCAGUCGUAUUUCAAGGCUGCGCAGGCUCAGCGGAAAGAUUAUUAAGAAGGUAUGGCAAAGUUAAGCAUCAAUUGUGCUUUGGUCGCAGAAAAAAGUCCACAGGUCAACAGGGUUUUGCCAUUAGUGAUGAUCUCUCCUUGCUUGUAUAUGCCAGGCUGGCCACGUUCAAGACCGAUGAAGAACACACUCGUCAAUAG